AUGGGAAAGAGAAAACCUAGAAAAAAGACGAAUUCUGAAUAUGAUCCAGAAGAACAUCAAACAUUGAAGCAAUUACAGAGAGGAGCAUUGAAAUCUGGGGGGAAACUUAACAAACGGAAAAGAAAUCAAAUUGUAGAAGAUAGUGAAUCAGAUGAAGAACAAACUAAUCAGAUGAUGAACAAACUAAUUGAAGAAGAAAGUCAAAAUGAAUUAGAUGAAGAAAGUGAAAGAGAUACUGAAUCUUCUGAAAGAGAAAUCAUCAAUAAGAAGAAAAAUGGUAAACGUAAGAAGAAUAUUAAUGUUUCUGAUGGAGAAGAAGUAAGCUCAAAACAUAAGAAGUCUAAGAAAGAAUCAAAUGAAGCAAGAAAACAGAAGACAUCUAAGAAAGGUUCUCCAAAACAAAGAAAAAAAGUUAAUUUGGGUGUUGGACCAUCUAAGAAGGCAUCUGGAGACAGGCCAUAUAGAGCACUUUUAACGGUUUCGAAUCUCUAG